ACGGGGGAGGCCGCGUUCGGUCUCACUCGCCGCCGCCGGCCCGCGUUCCGUGUGCUCCCUCCGCUCCGCCGCCCGCUCCUCCGCGCCCGCCGCCUCCGCCGAUCGCAAUGGAAGAAGAAAUCGCCGCGCUUGUCAUCGACAAUGGCUCCGGCAUGUGCAAAGCUGGCUUUGCUGGGGACGACGCCCCCCGAGCCGUGUUCCCCUCCAUCGUCGGGCGCCCUCGGCACCAGGGCGUGAUGGUGGGCAUGGGCCAGAAGGACUCGUACGUGGGCGACGAGGCCCAGAGCAAGCGUGGUAUCCUGACCCUGAAGUACCCCAUUGAGCACGGCAUCGUCACCAACUGGGACGACAUGGAGAAGAUUUGGCACCACACCUUCUACAACGAGCUGCGCGUGGCCCCUGAGGAGCACCCCGUGCUGCUGACCGAGGCCCCGCUGAACCCCAAGGCCAACAGGGAGAAGAUGACUCAGAUCAUGUUCGAGACCUUCAACACCCCGGCCAUGUAUGUGGCCAUCCAGGCCGUGCUGUCCUUGUACGCCUCUGGUCGCACUACUGGUAUUGUCAUGGACUCCGGAGACGGUGUUACCCACACGGUGCCCAUUUAUGAGGGCUACGCCCUUCCCCAUGCCAUCCUGCGUCUGGACCUGGCUGGCCGGGACCUGACCGACUACCUCAUGAAGAUCCUCACAGAGCGUGGCUACAGCUUCACCACCACGGCCGAGCGGGAGAUUGUGCGUGACAUCAAGGAGAAGCUGUGCUACGUUGCUCUGGACUUCGAGCAGGAGAUGGCCACCGCUGCAUCCUCCUCCUCCCUGGAGAAGAGUUACGAGCUGCCUGAUGGCCAGGUGAUCACCAUCGGAAAUGAGCGGUUCCGGUGUCCAGAGGCACUCUUCCAGCCCUCCUUCCUGGGUAUGGAAUCCUGUGGCAUCCACGAGACCACCUUCAAUUCCAUCAUGAAGUGUGACGUGGACAUCCGCAAGGACCUGUAUGCCAACACAGUGCUGUCUGGCGGCACCACCAUGUACCCGGGUAUUGCAGACAGGAUGCAGAAGGAGAUCACUGCCUUGGCACCCAGCACCAUGAAAAUCAAGAUCAUUGCCCCCCCUGAGCGCAAGUACUCUGUGUGGAUCGGCGGCUCCAUCCUGGCCUCGCUGUCCACCUUCCAGCAGAUGUGGAUCAGCAAGCAGGAGUAUGACGAGUCGGGCCCCUCCAUCGUCCACCGCAAAUGCUUCUAAGUGGACUGCAAGCAGAUGCGUAGCAUUUGCUGCAUGAGUUAAUUCCGAAGUAUAAAUUUGCUCUGGCAAAUGUAUACACCUCAUGCUAGCCUCACAAAACUGGAAUAAGCCUCUGAAAAGCAAUUGUCCUUGAAGCUUGUAUCUGAUAUCAGCACUGGAUUGUAGAACUUGUUGCUGAUUUUGACCUUGUGUUCAAGUUACCUGUUCCUUUGGUGUAUGUUUAAUACCCUGUAUAUAUCUUUGGUUUAAACCCUUAAUACACGGGGCUUGGUCACUUGGUGGCUGAGUGAGAACAUGGCUUAUGGAGAAGUCCGUGGCUUGGUGAGUCUGCGUGACCAUCAGUUUGUUGAUCUGUGCAGGGUAUUAACAUGUCAGAGCCAACUAUUCCAGCAUUUCUCUAGAGGCUGGCAAGAGUUCUUGAAUCAGUUGUCAUUUCUGUCUUGCCGGUCUGACAGGAUUGGACCAGUCCAAGCCUUAGGACCCAGGUUCCUUUCCUACCUGAUGUUUUCCCACCAGAACACCAUGGGUGGUUACUUGCCUUGAGUUGGAAACGGUUUGCAUUUACACCUGUAAAUUUAUUCAUUCUUUUAAUUUAUGUAAGGUUUUUGUACGCGAUUCUUAAUUCUUUAAGAGAUGACAACAAAUUUUGGUUUUCUACUGUUACGUGAGAACAUUAGGCCCCAGCAACACGUCAUUGUGUAAGGAAAAAUAAAGUGCUGCAGCAAA